AAGAGGGUCCCUUGCAAAGGGCAGCGAUGGGCAUCGCCACCACCCGUCGACUCGUGCUGAAGAAAGGUGCGAAGCCAACUAUUUUCAACAGACCACGGCCAUGCUUAAGUGCAAGUUCGACAAGUUCAGAGCACCCCACACCCUCCACAAGUGGACAGACUGUGCACAUGAGGUCUGCAUUUGCCAAAAGGGAAAGGAAGAGGACAAUAGAUCAGAUCAUGGCCAGUACGACUACAGCAUCAGUGGCGGGUGCGGUGGAUGAACCAAUGGCAAUGGCACUAGAUUUGCCUGAUGAGGAGGGCGAUCAAGAUCAGGGAAAUACAAGAGAACAAGGAUGCCAGACGGACUGGGUACCGAUUGGGACAGCACCAACAGCAAUGACCAGUAGCAAGAGCACCCAAACAGGGAAAAUACAUCAUAGAUCAAAGGGACACAAGGUGACCCCAGAGAUCCUCGAGAGGGUUAGAGCUCGGCUGGCCAGGGUUAGUGAAGUCCCAUCGUCAAGUGUAGCAGCUCCAUCUGACAGCCCCGAGAUGCAGACUAACAUAGCAACUCCAGGUGCGUCUGGAAUGAAAGCCAAGCUACGACCACCUCCUGCAUUGUUUGAUGAAGGACCAGCAUCAAGUCCCACUGUGCCUUUUGUUAGUGGUUCUUCCGAUGACAGCUAUAUGCCGAGUGAGUCAUCGACAUCGGAUCCGUGUCAAUCUGACGGGUCGCCAGAUCGCCCACGUACUCACCAGAUGCGUGAAGAGGGCUGCCACAAGGAACCGAAGUACAUCAUCUUUGAGUCGUGCCUCCAGAGUCUCGUCAAGUGGUGUCACUGUCCAGUCUGUGGCAGCCAGGACAUAAGCCCUUCUUGGGAUUCGAACGGUACACAGCUGACCAUGACUCUUCAAUGUGCAUCAUGUGACCAGAGGAGUAGUUGGAGCAGCCAGCCAAACAUUGGCCCUUAUGCCGCGGGCAACAUCCUGCUAUCUGCUGGCAUUCUCUUCGCUGGCGCAUCUUCUGGCAAGGUGUUGCAAGUGCUGAACAGCAUCGGAGUGGUCACGUAUGUGAAGAGAACAUUUUUCAACCACCAGGAGCUCAUCCUGCAGCCAGCCAUCAAAAAGGUGUGGGAGGAACAGCAACGGACGCACCUCACCAUGCUGCAGGUGGAAGGCCGACCCCUCGUCCUUGGUGGUGAUGGGCGAGCAGACAGUCCGGGACACAGUGCCAAGUUUGGUACCUACACCACAAUGGAGCUUGUGGCCAAUGUGGUUCUCGACCUUCAGGUUGUACAGAGCAACGAAUGUCUUGGCAGCUACCAUAUGGAGAUGGAAGGACUGAAGAGGAUGUUGGAGCUGCUGAUCAGCUGGGACCUGGAUGUCGGGGUGCUGGUGACAGACAGACACAGACAGAUCGCUGAAUGGAUUCGCGAAAACAUGCCCAAUACACGGCACUGCUAUGACAUCUGGCAUGUUGCAAAAUCCAUCGGAAAGAAACUGAAGGCCAUCGUCAAGCAUAAGGACUGUGAAGACCUGAAGCCCUGGGUGCAAAGUAUAAUCAACCACCUCUACUGGGCAGCAGUGUCUACACCGCCUGGAGAGGGGGAACUUCUGGUUGCCAAGUGGAAGUCUGUGGAGCGACACAUUCAGAACAUCCACAAGGACCAUGGCGACCUCUUCCCAAUUUGUACUCAUGGACAACUGCAACUGCAAAAUAAAUGGCUCAAACCAAGUUCACGCUCAGCAGUGAAACUGGAGGAGGUGGUCAACAACAAGUCCCUGCUGAAAGAUAUCGCCAUGCUGUCGGGUGAACACCAGACUUCCAAGGUGGAGGCGUUCCAUAGCCUUAUCAUACAGUUCGCACCGAAAAUGUAUGUCUUCUCAUACAUCGGAAUGCUGUGCAGGAACAUGCUUGCUGGGCUGCACUGGAAUGAAAACUCGAGCCGCCCUAUAGCCACUACACAAGCGGGUGCUGAGCGCUAUACAGUACGCUACCCGAAAUAUAAAGCAGGGGGCCAUGUGGUCAAGAAAAUCGCGACAGAGCCAACAUACCGCUACGUAGAUGACUUGAUCAGGGAGGUUGUUGCUGGCUGCAGACAGACCCCUGACCAGAGAACACCAGUCAGCGUCACUGUGGAUGUGCCUCCCUUCCUCUGCGAUGAACUGGAGAAGCCAGACAAGGAGGAAGCCAUCGCCAAGCACAGGAGUCACUUCGGUGUGUCCUCACGGAUGCAGAAGGACAAGCAGGAAAGCGGCAGGAGCAGUGUGCAGAAUGACCUGAGCGAGGACAGCGCUCUAGAAGCCUUGAAGGUCCAUGCCCGGGUCUUGGUCGACGAGGAGGAGGCGUGUGGGCGCCAGUUGGGCGCCUCCGCAGCAGAGCUGGAGCUGACUGCAGAGCUGAAGGCAAGGCUAGAGCUGACUGCAGAGCUGAAGGCAAGGCCAAAGCUGACUGCAGAGCUGGAGGCGAGGAUGGUGGCAUCGUCGGAAGUCCCACUGGAGAUGAAGAGGAAGGUGGCGUCGUCGGAAGACCCACUGGAGAUGAGGAGGAAGGUGACGUGGUCAAAAGACCCACUGGAGACAAGGAGGAGGGUGGCGGCGUCUGCAGGCCCACUGGAGUUGCUCGUGGUUAGAAUACGGGAUGGAGCUGACUGCAGAGCUGGAGGUGAGGAUGGAGCUGACUGCAGAUCUGGAGGCAAGAUGGAGCUGACUGCAGAGCUGGAGGCGAGGAUAGAGCUGACUGCAGAUCUGGAGGCAAGGAUGGAGCUGACUGCAGAGCUGAAGGCAAGGCUGGAGCUGACUGCAGAGCUGGAGGCGAGGAUGGUGGCAUCGUCGGAAGUCCCACUGGAGAUGAAGAGGAAGGUGGCGUCGUCGGAAGACCCACUGGAGAUGAGGAGGAAGGUGACGUGGUCAGAAGACCCACUGGAGACAAGGAGGAGGGUGGCGGCGUCUGCAGGCCCACUGGAGUUGCUCGUGGUUAGAAUACGGGAUGGAGCUGACUGCAGAGCUGGAGGUGAGGAUGGAGCUGACUGCAGAUCUGGAGGCAAGAUGGAGCUGACUGCAGAGCUGGAGGCGAGGAUAGAGCUGACUGCAGAUCUGGAGGCAAGGAUGGAGCUGACUGCAGAGCUGAAGGCAAGGCUGGAGCUGACUGCAGAGCUGGAGGCGAGGAUGGUGGCAUCGUCGGAAGUCCCACUGGAGAUGAAGAGGAAGGUGGCGUCGUCGGAAGACCCACUGGAGAUGAGGAGGAAGGUGACGUGGUCAGAAGACCCACUGGAGACAAGGAGGAGGGUGGCGGCGUCUGCAGGCCCACUGGAGUUGCUCGUGGUUAGAAUACGGGAUGGAGCUGACUGCAGAGCUGGAGGUGAGGAUGGAGCUGACUGCAGAUCUGGAGGCAAGAUGGAGCUGACUGCAGAGCUGGAGGCGAGGAUAGAGCUGACUGCAGAUCUGGAGGCAAGGAUGGAGCUGACUGCAGAGCUGAAGGCAAGGCUGGAGCUGACUGCAGAGCUGGAGGCGAGGAUGGUGGCAUCGUCGGAAGUCCCACUGGAGAUGAAGAGGAAGGUGGCGUCGUCGGAAGACCCACUGGAGAUGAGGAGGAAGGUGACGUGGUCAGAAGACCCACUGGAGACAAGGAGGAGGGUGGCGGCGUCUGCAGGCCCACUGGAGUUGCUCUUCCAGGUGUGCAGGCUUGUCGUUGCGUGGGCGUGCUGCGCUCAGGACGAGCAGGGGCGUGUCCGAGCGCGCUGUCAGCGGCUCCUCCAAGUGCUCCCGCAGAGGAGGGAGAAGCAGACUGCGCCGUAA